CGCGGUGCUCCAGUGGCGUCUUCUCCUUGCUGUGCUCGCCGGAGCUCCUCCAGCUCGACCGCUCGGCUUCCCCUAGCCUCUUCCCCUGCGAGCUCGACUCCUGCUCGCCUAUGGAGUUCGCCCAGCUCCCUGCUCCGGUGACUAGGGCUCGGCGUCCGGCUCCCUGGAUGCUUGCCCUGCUCGCCGCCAUCCUGCUCGGCCAGCGCAUCCCUUCUCUGCUCUCUCUCUCUAUUCCCUGCUCACUGGCAGCCGACUCCCUCUACCUCCCAUGGACGCCAGCCGCGCCCCUGGUUCCUGCCUCUGCUCGCCGUGGAGUCUACGCGCGCGCUGCUCCCCUAUUGGCCGCGACGAGCUCGCCCUUUCUUCAGCCCGGUUUCUGUUUCUCAUCUGCUCCUGCGUCGCGCGCGAGUCCCUCUGGCCGUCUUCGCUCCCAGCGCCGCGCACACUGCUCCUUGGGGCUCGGCCGCGACCUCGCCGUCGUUCGGCAGCUCCAGCGCCUCUGUUCUUCCCUGCGCGCGCGUUCCAUCCCGCGCUCGGCGCUUUCCUGCUCCCAAGUCCGGUGCCCUGCCGAGCUUGACCCUUACCGUGCGCAUCUCAGCUGGUGCCCAUGGCCGCGCCCGGCUUCUUGCUCCACCCAUAGUCGAAGCUCCUUCCGGUUGCCGUCGCUCGUCGUCGUCUCUUCGUGCUGGACGACUAGUUUGCCGUGGUCGCGCGUAGUUCCCUGCUCGGCCAGGAUAGUCGCACCGUCGAUUCCGCUUGAGCCCCUUCGCGUUCGUCGAUGCCCCCUGGCUCGACUCUGCCUAGUUCGCGUCCUGCUCGCCUUUGCGUCGCGCGCGUAGCGUUUCGUUGUUCCUGCGCGUGCUGCCGCGAAGCUCUCUGUUCAGUUCACCUUCGUCGCGUUGUCGUACGCGCGAAACUGCUCGUGGUCAAUAUCAAGUCAGUGACGCGCGCGCUGGACACGGUAAAACGUUGCGUGAGCUUGUGUCCGAGCCCGCCCGACCGUGACCUCGCUUUGCUUCUCGCGUCGCUACUCGCCAAGUCCUUCCACAGUCCGCGCCAUAAAAUUCACUCGGACACGAUCUCGUCGUCAUUCCGCGCGUCAGCAAGAAAUUCCAAGAAUCAGAUGAAGACAAAGCUAGCAGCGCGAUAUUCCCCAAGCGCUUGACAAAUUGCCUAGAUCGGAAAAUCGCUACCGAUCUCGUGGAUUCGUGUCAGCUGUGGAAAUGGUAAGCUGAUGAAUUAUUCAGAAUAGUUCGAUCGCUGAAUAAAUUAUUGUGCUAGUGCGAUGUUCAUUAGGUGCUCGAUAAUUGCGUGAGUCACGAAACUCUCGUCAACUUCGCGGUUCUUGCGAUUGUCGAGCCAGAUUCAGUUUUAGCAAGUUAUUUCACUAUUCCGAUUAAUUAACUGAAUUAGUGGACCGAGU